AUGUCGCUGCAGCAGCAUCAGCAAAGAGAAGAAAUACACAGCCACUCACCAGUGCCUAGCUCACCAGAGCCACAGUCACAGCACAGCCACCCACCAGUGCCUAGCUCACCAGAGCCACAGUCACAGCACAGCCACCCACCAGUGCCUAGCUCACCAGAGCCACAGUCACAGCACAGCCACCCACCAGUGCCUAGCUCACCAGAGCCACAGUCACAGCACAGCCACCCACCAGUGCCUAGCUCACCAGAGCCACAGUCACAGCACAGCCACCCACCAGUGCCUAGCUCACCAGAGCCACAGUCACAGCACAGCCACCCACCAGUGCCUAGCUCACCAGAGCCACAGUCACAGCACAGCCACCCACCAGUGCCUAGCUCACCAGAGCCACAGUCACAGCACAGCCACCCACCAGUGUCUAGCUCACCAGACCCACAGUCACAGCACAGCCACCCACCAGUGCCUAGCUCACCAGAGCCACAGUCACAGCACAGCCACCCACCAGUGCCUAGCUCACCAGAGCCACAGUCACAGCACAGCCACCCACCAGUGCCUAGCUCACCAGAGCCACAGUCACAGCACAGCCACCCACCAGUGCCUAGCUCACCAGAGCCACAGUCACAGCACAGCCACCCACCAGUGCCUAGCUCACCAGAGCCACAGUCACAGCACAGCCACCCACCAGUGCCUAGCUCACCAGAGCCAUAG